AAUUUAUUUAUCCAAGAUGACCGAUUAUUUUAAGAAAAUUGACAUACUAAUAAGGAAAUAGCAAUUUUAAAAGAGUUUAAGCAAGUUAGAAAAAUUAUAAAAUGAAUUAAAUGCUAAAUUAAAUAACCCUGAAGAAUGCUCAGAAAAUGAAUUAGUAUAAUUUAUCAUUUAUAUAAGAUUCUUUAAAGCAAUAUUUAUGAGAGAUUUGCUCAAAUCUUCAUAGAUAUAAACUAAGUAUAUCGAGCUAUGCAAUAUUUAAUAAAUAUGAUCAAAAUAGAAAAAGAACUUUUCAAAACUUAAUGUGAUAAAGAGAGUGUCUUAAGAUUAUGCAAUUCUUAUGCUAAAAUUGGUAAAAAUUGAUGAUAUUUAAAGGAAGAUGUUGUUUUUAUUGUUGUUACUAUGAGUAGACCUUUAAAUAUCUUGAUUAUGCUUAAAAAUUAUUGAUCAAGCAUAAUCUAACAUAAACAGGAGUAUAUGCUAUGACAUUAACAUAAUUGGGAAAUUAUUAUAGAUUUAUGUUUUAAGAUGAUUUGGCUGAAUAAAUGCUAUUUGAAAGUAUUAAAAUUAGAGAAGAAUUAUUUACAAGAUAAUCAAUUGUAAAUAUUAUAAUCAUUUUUAGGAAGUAGCUGAUUCUUUACAUGGAUUAUCAUAAUUAUUUUCUGAUGAAGGAAAAAUUGAUGAAGCUAUGAAAUCUAUUUCAGAAGCUAUUACAAUAUGGACUGAAGUAUUAGGAUAUUAACAUAUAAAAACUGCUAAAUCAAUUUAUUUAAAAGGAAAUCUAUAUUUAAGAAUGAAAAAUACUCAGGAAAGUAUUAUUAUUUUAUUAAUUCUAGAUUUGUAAUCUGCUGAAAAACUUAUUGCUGAAAGUUUGGAAAUAAAUCUAAAAAUUAUGGGAGAAUAUUCUUAGGAUAUUGCUGAUUGUUAUCAUUCAUUGGGAAAAAUUAAGGCUUAUAAUAAAAAUUCUAAUGAAUUUGAAUAAUAUUUUUAAAAAUCUCAAGAAAUACUAAAAGCAUUGUAUGGUUAGAGUCAUGCAAGUAUUGCAAUUAUUCUUAAUAAUUUUGGAAGAUCUUAUUAUGAAAGAAAGUAAUAUGAAGAAGCUGUAAAUUGCUUUGAAGAAUCAAUUAAAAUAUAUACUUAGUUAUGUGGCAAAAUGCAUGGUAAUUUAGCUAUUACCCUAAAAAAUUGUGCUGAUUGCCAUAAAGAGUUAGGUAGAUAUAAAUAAGCUUAUAUUGAUUACCAAAAAUCAUUAGAAAUUUAUUAGGUAUUUUUUGUACUUAAAUUAGAAAAUGUAAAUAAACUCUUCAUAGGCAAAUUAAAUUUUAAAUUUAAUGUUCUUAAUCUCAGAUAAGUACUUAGAGGACUGA